AUUUAUCAGACACCCUAAUUGACAGGGGAUUUAAUUUUUGAGAAAUAUCGAUUUUUUUUUUACGUAGACCCUUGACCAGAUUGAUCCCAUCGAGCUAAAAUAUACUGUGACAUUCCAUAUUUUGCAGUAGUUCCAAUGAUUCUUAGCCUCCUUAGGCUUUCAUAAGUAGCCAUAUAUAUACAUACAUACUGUAUACACACGUUAAAAAAUGAGACUCCGGUGAAUAGUAAUGUUCCGAAAACAGAUUUAAACAAACAGUCAAUUAAGCUGUUUAAAAUCGGUUUCGAUUUAUGUUAACUAAUGAUAUAUUAAAAAUUUUAUAAAAAUCCGAGUAAUUAAUGUGCGAAAGUUUAAUUAUUUAUGUCGCUGAAGCCUAAAUAUAACAUCUUUGGGAAAGAGAUAAAAACCAAAAAAAGAAAAGAAAAAAAGAAGAAGAAGAUGAUGGUCUACUAAAAGCAGUUAAAUCAAAAGUGAUGUCUCUCUAUCAAGCUCAAUGUCUCUCUAUUUAUAACAGCACUUCAUUUCCAUUCCCAAACAACACUCAUCAUCUUUAGACAGAAGCAAAACAACAACAAAAAAAAACUUUCUCCCUUUACUCAUCUUUAGCCAAAACCCUAGAAGAAACCUCCUUUUGGAAAAAACCCAUUUCUUCAUCAUCAUGUCAACCUCCAAAACCCUAAAUCAUAAUAAACCCUGUGGAACAUCGCCAACUCAAAUGGGUUUUUCUGUAAUCCACCAAAACACAACCAACACAACGACCACAACAACUGCCACAACCGGCGAGAGAAGAGGCCGGAGAUCAAAGCAAGCAGAGCCAGGGAGAUUCUUAGGAGUCAGGAGACGUCCAUGGGGUCGUUACGCAGCGGAGAUCAGAGAUCCAACCACCAAAGAACGUCACUGGCUCGGCACUUUCGACACUGCUCACGAAGCCGCUCUUGCCUACGAUAGAGCAGCUCUUUCGAUGAGAGGCACUCAAGGUCGAACUAACUUCGUCUACACUCCAACUGAUGUUCACACCAUACUCACAAACCCUAAUCUUCACUCUCUCAUCGUCUCUCCUUAUAAUAACCAAUCCUUCUUACCAAACUCUUCUCCUCAGUUUGUCAUUGAUCACCUUCCUCAUUAUCAAAAAUAUCAGCAACCUAAACAUACUCUCCCCCAAGCCGUCUCACCUGUCGCUUCUUUCAAAACGCCUGUUCGUCAUCAAAAUGCAGAUACUCAAGCGUUUGGUAAUAGUCCUCAGAACUCGUCUUCUAACGGCUCGCUAUCUUCUUCACUAGACGAAGAAAGUAACUUCUUCUCGCUAGAAGGAACUAACUCCAGUACCAACUCGGGUUACUUGGACUGCAUUGUCCCACACCACUGCCUUAAGCCACCUGCGGAAACCACAACCAUCCAAAACCAAACCGGAGCAGGUUUCACAACUCCGGCAAGCAAGGCCUUUGAGUCACCCGGAGGGUUUAGUAGUAGUUACUUCGAUGAUGGUGAUAUGCUGAUGAUGAAUCGUCAUGAGUUUGGUUCUUGUGAUCUCUCUGCCAUGGUCUCUAACUAUGGUGCUGGUGCUUCAAUGUCAAUGGAGGAUUACGCUAUAAUGGAGCCUCAAGAUUUCUCUUCUCCUAUCGCUGCUUUUGGUGAUGUUACAGACACAGGCUUCUACUCACUCUAUUAGAACAUUCUUUUUGAUAUUUCUGUUUUUAAGUAAUAAUAUAAACGUUAUUCCAUGGUCAUUUUGAUUUUUGUCGUUGACAAUAUGUUAUCUACUUAAUUAUAUAUUAUGCUUAUUGUAUCAUGCACCAUAAGGUUACCUUACCAUGAAGUUUUUAUUUUCUUUCUUCUU